AUGGCUACUUGUGUCAGCUGCAAGGAACUCUUGGUGUUCGUCGACGCGGACCCCGAAACGGCGGCCGACGAGGAGAUCAUCCCUGACGACCUCCUCCUCCCGCAAUGCCUCCUGGAUGAAGCUGCCCAAGUGGCCACCUCGUUCAGCUGCCCGUCAUGUAGGACGAACCUCUCCGCGACGCCUCCUCCUGCUGCUUCUUCUUCGUCGUCGUCUAGCUUGCUGCCACCUAGCGGUGUCCAGAUCCUCACACGCUAUGUCAACGAGGGCGGGCUGCAGGAGAACUAUGACAUAUAUCCAGACCUCGCCGAGGAGGCCUACCUCCAGGUCCAUCCAGAGGCGCGCCCAGCUCGGGCAUUUCUGACCAUGUGUGCCGCUGGCGACGUCAUGGGUAUCGUCGGCCUUUUCUCUGAGGAUGAGGAGGAUGAGACGGAAGAGGACGAGCAAGACAGCACCUCGAAGCUUUCUCCCGAAUUGCUCCUACGCUACCAGGACCCACUGGGUCGGCUACAGAGCGGACUGCACCUAGCCGUCGAGAAGGAGCAGGAGGAAGUGCUGUACCUCCUGCUCUUCCUCUCGUCCCAGCUUCCCUUGGACGCCUUCCCGCCUGCUGUGCUGCAGUCGGCUGAGCAGAUUGGGCUAGUUCGGCCGCCAUCGAUCUCGUCACAUGCUGACAUCCGCACGCUACAAGACCAGGGCGGCGAGACGGCGGCGAUGUAUGCGUCAAGGAAAGGCGGUCAGUGGGCUGCUAUUGCGCAGACCGGGCUCUUGUCGGCGUAA